UGGUUAAGGCGACUGCUAAUGAAUCGCGUGACGUAACUGCGUGAAAUGUCGACUUUUUACAGAUGAGGCGACGUUGGUAACACUGAUAUCUGUUUGCGAAUGAUUGUCAAAACCUAUUUUCUCAACGAAGUCCGCAGUUUUGCAUGCCAGUUCGUAGGAAAACAUCAUGACUGCGUUCGAUUCGUAGAAAGGAAAGAGGCGCAAAGUGCAGCCGCGAGAAAGAUAGCGCAUCUGUUUUUGAAGAGUGAGUGAGUGCAGAGAAAGGUUUCUCGUCUCGUUUCGCUCGUCGCGUUUCACCCGUUCGACGAGUGACGUGCCUCGGGUCUUCGUCGGUGGGGAAGAAGAUUACUUCGAUUUUAAUGUAAAGGGAGAAGACGCGGGCUUUCGUCUUCAGGAAAAAUCUAUUACGCGAUCGUGUCUUAACCUUUCCUAUUGUUAAAUGCGAUUAAAGUGGGCUGCUGGCCGUAGUGUGUGAUUUCUGCGAUCCACGACUGUCCUCACGUCACUUUCGCAGCAAUCGACCGAUGCUUAGUACUUCAAUGGAGCUUAUUCGCGCGUGACAGCAACUUUUGGGACACCAGGCUCAACUUUUGCCAGGUAGCCCCAAUUUCGAUCUACCACGUGUAUAAGCUUUGCUUUGUUUCGGAAAUUAUGUUCACAUUUCUCCUUGACGCGACGCUUGCACGACAUAAAAGCGCUCAGAGAUUUUGGUGGCUGUCUACAUUUACAUUACUGUGGCAGCUUUUAUUUUCUUACAUACGAUCAACAUGUUUACCACAUGACAUGAACUUCAAUCUAUGACAAGUACAUAAUAUCAUUAAUAUUUAUGGAAAUUACCUUUGCGUCACAUUUUAUGACACAAAAUAUGAGAAAUUUUAUUACUACAUGCAAUAACAAUUUAACAAGUAUUUAAAUGUAACUUUUGACACCACAUUUAUGCUUUAUAAAUACUUUUAAGUAGUGUAUAAACAUCACAUUGUCUAUGCAUUGAAGACAAUAGUAUUUAUACAAUAAAGGGCCAUAUAGAGAAAAUGAAUAACAGGCUUGAAGAACAGGAGUCAAAAUGGACAUGUGAAUAUUGUACAUAUGAGAAUUGGCCUUCAUCAUUGAAAUGCACAAUGUGCAGAGGUGCCAAGCCGUUAUUAGGGGAGGAUAUUUAUCGCCUACGAGAUCCAAGUCCACAAAGGUCUGGAUCCAAUGUUGCAUCUGGUCCAGUAACUCAUUUAAGUCCAACAGAUUUUUACAAUCUUAGUUCUCAAAAUGUACCAUUGGGAAAGUGGUCUUGUGCAAUGUGUACCUAUCUUAAUUACCAGAAUACCACACGUUGUGUUCAGUGUGGAAAUAGAAAACCUACAGGUCUUAAUCAGUCAAUACACUCCAUAGCUUCAAAUUUGCAUGAACACCUAGCACCUCUUAGGCUAGCAGAUCCACUGCCAAACUCAGGAUCAAAUCCUCCUCCAAUAAAUUUACAUCCAGAAAGAUAUUAUAACUUACAAGCAAAUUUACAUCCUGAGAAGUGGUCUUGUCUUGUAUGUACUUAUGAAAAUUGGCCAAAAGCCACAAAGUGUGUGAUGUGUGGUAAUCCUAAAGAAAAAGAUAGAAGAGAAAGAACAACAAAUAAUAUGGGUAUUAUUUUACCAAGCCCAGAAAGAGAUCAUAGUCAACGUAACUUACCUUCUCCACCUCAUGCACCAUAUAUUCAUCAAACUCAGAGGGAUGAGAAUUUGGCUGUGGGACGAAGGAAUUCACAUAGAUAUCCUGAUAGCAGAAAUGACAAUUUGUCAACUCCUCAAUCCCCUAAUAAUUGUGACUAUGAGCGUAGACUAAAACAAUUAAGGCGUCAUACUGAUUGGUGCUGGUUAAAUGCGUGUCUUGGCAUUGUUGAAGGUGACAAUGCUCCUGUUGAAGCUUAUUUGGCAAGUGGUGGUGAUCCUGCUCGUCAAUUGACGCAUUCAGAAGUUCUGCUUCUAAAUAGAAGUAGUGCUUUUGAUGUUGGACAUACCUUAGUACAUUUAGCUAUUAGAUUUCAAAGAGAGGAUAUACUAGCAACAUUAUUAUCACAAAUUGAAGGUUCUGGGUCUGGAGUAAAAAGAGUACCAAGUUAUGUUGCACCAGAUUUGGCUGCUCAAAUACGCAGACAUGUUACUAAUAGUAUCCGGUUACGCAAGGGUUCUUUCCCAUGUUAUUUCGUCACUGAUAUAGCUACAUUUGCUUUGCCUGCUGAGGUUGAAGAUCUACCAAGUAUUGUGCAGGAGCAAAUGUUGGAAGAGUUAUUAGAUAAGGAAGCUCAACAACAAUUAGAAGGUGGUGGUGGAGAACCACCAGCACUAAAUUGGUCUUUAGAAAUUACUGAACGUUUAGGAAGUCGCUUACAUGCGCUUUGGAAUAGAUCUGCUGGAGAUUGUUUAUUAGAUUCUGCGAUGCAAGCUACAUGGGGCGUUUUUGAUCGAGAUAAUGCUUUAAGAAGAGCUCUUGCUGAUUCUUUACAACAGGCUGGACAAUUUUUUUAUCCUCGAUGGAGAGAAUAUGAAGCAUCACAAGCAUCUAGAAUGUUGGAUUUUACAUUAGAAGAGACUCAAUGGCAAGAAGAUUGGGAAAGCUUACUAGCGACAGCUGCUCAACCAGGAAGUGCUCUAGAGCAGUUACACGUGUUUGCGCUUGCCCACAUUUUACGACGACCUAUUAUUGUUUAUGGGGUUAAAUAUGUUAAAAGUUUUAGGGGCGAAGAUAUAGGUUAUGCAAGAUUUGAAGGUGUUUAUCUUCCUCUUUUAUGGGAACCAUCAUUUUGUAUUCGAUCACCUAUUGCUUUGGGUUAUACGCGUGGUCAUUUUACGGCUUUAGUUCCCAUUGAACCAUACACAUCGUCUAGAAUACCACCACUUUCUUCUCACGGUGGUGUAGGCUUAGGUGGUGGUAAUGGUCCACUUCAGCAGCUGCAAAUACAAAUGCAGACUACAUUCAUGCCGCUAAUGGACAGAGAACAUAAACUUUUACCAAUACAUUUUUUGAGUCCAGAAGAAGUGGGUCGAGAAGAGUCUAUUUUGAAGGAAUGGCUUGAUGUAUGUAGAACUGAGGGUGGUAUUCUUGUUGCGCAACAAAAACUACACAAGAGACCCUUAUUAGUAGCACAAAUGCUAGAAGAAUGGUUAAAUCAUUACCGAAGACUCGCUCAAACUAAUAACGCACCUUUUUUGAGACCAGCAAUUUUACAAGAUUACAGUAGUGAUGGAGACACAGAAGAUGAAUAACAAGGUGCAAUUGAUUAAGUUUUUAAAUUCAGCUGAGAAGACUUUUCUAUAAUUUUCCUGAAACUAACUGUAACACAAGAUCUCAGAGAUUCACAAUUUCCCGAAUAUAGCAGAAAAAAGUGUAUGAAUGUUACGACUCACACAUUCAUUGGCAUUAUAUCAUUUCUGCAUGAUAUUUGUACAUUAAUAUUGGUUAUUGAACCAUUGAACGUCUAAAAUCUCAUCAAUUCGUACUAUUUAAUUAUACGAGAUGUUUAUUCAUCUUUAUGAGUAGUUUGCUGUGUUAUUUUAUUGUUACUUAAUCACGAGACUGCGCAAUAAGUAGGUCCGUUGCCAAAGUGCGAUUCUGGGUAUCAAAGCAGUAAGUUAACGAAUUAAAUUUUGUUACGGCUAAUAGCGUCUCAAUUAGAAUUAGUUUCUUUCUCGAUAAGUUGAUUAUUAUCGAGAAUAUGUAAUAUUAAUCUUCACAAUAUGUUUAUAACUUAAAAGUUAUUAAACUGUUGUGCCCUCAACACUAAAAAGAGUUCCUUCAACCUAUAGUGACCUAGGUAAGGUCACAAAUCACCUUCCAAAAUAUCAAGUCUACCUUAUCCUCCAUCUAAAUGCACUCCACCUGAAUGCACCAAUAGCAAAUUCCAUAUAAUGCCAGAACCAAUGACAGAUUCGUAUUCUAAUAUUCUAUAUUUACCAAUAACGUUAAAAUUACCUUUCCAAAAUUACUAUAAAAAUUUGAGAAAUGUAAACUGAAGAUAGAGUUUUUAGUUUCUAACACUCACGUAUAAUGAGUGUAAGUUUAUAGUUUGACGUAAAGAGGAGAAUGUGACACAGCAUGUCACUUAAUAUCAGCAAUUCCAUUGCAAUUUCUCUGAGUUUCUUGGAGUUAAAAACUGGUAGCUUGCAAGCUGAAAAUGUUAAGAUUCAAAAUAUGUAGAUUUCUGCUUCUCGGACUGAUGGAUAAUCAGUUUCAAUAUAUGUAACUUCAUCUAAUUUUUUGGUCCUGUAAAACACUCCGAUGGAUAUGGAUAUUUGCUCCAUAAAUCACAUUUCACUUAUAAUUGAACAGACUCUGUGUAAACAGCAUUAUUAAUUUGUGUUUCACAAAAUUUGAGUAAACUUCGUGUUCUGUUAUUAUGUUUAACAGGUAAAGGAAUUAAGGAUAAAAGAAUUCACGUUUGUUAAUUGAGAACAAACAAAUAUUUGACGAGGAAUGUAAAUUAAAAGGUGUAUAAAGAGCACUGGUCGCGCUUUUUGUCUGAUCAUACGUGUGAAAGUACUCAGAGACUCUGGUACAGAUCAUGUGAUUUUUAAAGAUAAGUAAACUUAAGGGCCGAAAAAAAAAUUUCUGUAAUCGUCCUUGGAUCAUUUGUUAACUCUGAGCUGUGUUAAUAUUAGUGUAAAAGAGAGACGGCGAAGCCAAAUUACAACGAUACUUUUCUCUGACUAGAGGCAGGGGCGGAACGUUGUACUUUUCUCGAGGCCGCUUCUGGUAUGUGUAAACAUAAACAAAGUACCAAUUAAAUUGUACUUUUUCUUGCGUGAAAGAAGUUGAAGAGAGCAUAGGACAAAAAUGAGAAGAAGAAGAGAAGAAAGAAAAAGAGGAGGAAGAAGAAGUAAAAGAAGAAGGAGAAAAAGGAGAAGAAGAUAAAAGUAACAGCAACAUUGUGCGAGUGGAUCAAUUGUACGCAUAGUCAUCAUGAACGUAGCAGUAAAAUAGAACUUUUAUAAAACAUGAAAAAAGAAAAAGCGAAUAUGAGAACAGAGAAACAAGUAGUACUAUUUAAGUACCAAGUUAUAUGUCUGGUGUGUGUGAGUGUGUGUGUGUAUAUAUAUAUACCGUGUAUGUAUAUAUAUACAUAUACUGUAAUACAAGAUAUUCGCGAAUGGACAAAGAUUUAAUGGUAACUAGCUCGGCCAAAUAAUUAACCCUAAUCAAAAAAGUACAAAAAAUCGAAAGAGGAAAAUGAUAACGUUUCUUUAUGAAAACGUGUUAUUAUUACACAUGUGGUAUCGCUUAAAGUUUAGUCUCGUUUUUACUAAUUCUAAUGUAGCCUCUAGUCCUUUUUAGCACUGUCGGUUUUUCCAAUCACUCGCGCAGCGUGUGAUUUCAUUAUUGUGUGAUUAUUCGAAGGGCUCGAUAAUGUUCGGAUAGAAGAAUGUUUCACAAGUCAAUUCCAAAAAAAUUAAAACGACAAAAAAAGAAAAUAAGAACAAAUGUUUAAUGGAGUAACGUUGUGUCGAAAGAGUAACGAUUUUAUGGUCAUUAUUAUAUUUAUAUAAUUUUUUCUGUUUGUUUCUUUUAUUUUUUUCCUUGCCUUGUUAUCGUGGAUCUCAAUGGUGUCGAAACGUAAAAAUUUUGUAUGUGUUUAUAAAAAGAAGAAAAAAGACGUUCUCGGGACACGGCGUUACAUGUGGUGGAAUUAUAAUGUAAAAAGAACAAGAAAAAGAAAAAAAAGUGACGCUCUGGUGGUGUAUUUUCUUUCCCCCCGUUAACGUGUAAGUGUUUCUCGUUCGUGUUGCCAGAAUUUUCUCUUGGC